AUGCUCGCACACCUCAGUCGAGCCACACGAAAGCUGCCUAUCGCACCUUUUUUCCACUCUCACUUAUCCCUACCCCGUACCAUCGCCUCCAUGGCAGCCCCACCCAUUGAGGGCAAGUCGUUCCGUAUCGCGCUGAUCCAAUUGGGCGGUGUAGGACCCGACAAGACGGCUAAUUUGGAACGAGCGAGGGUCAAGAUCUCUGAAGCUGUCAAAGGUGGAACAGAGGGGAGGAAACCGGAUAUGAUUGUGCUUCCUGUACGUUACCCAGGGUUCAAGUGAAGCGCCCCACCUAAGCCAAGGUAUCCGUUGGACGGGAAGCGAGUGACGAUCAGUUCAACUGAUCAACUCGAGUUCUUUCACAGGAAAUCUUCAAUAGUCCAUACGCAACAGGCUCGUUUCGACAGUACGCCGAACGGAUCCCCUUCGACCCUUCGAAGGCAUCCUCGGAGCAGGCCGAGAGUUCAUUGAGCGAAAGUCUGAGCAUGCUCAGUCAGGCAGCCAAGGAUGCUAAUGCUUGGCUCGUAGGAGGUGAGACUAUUUUGGGGAAAAGAUUGUGGCCGAGUAUGAUCCCUUGGAAUGAGCUGACUCUCAAGAAGUGGACUUCAAAAACCUUGCUUCCUCCAGGCUCGAUCCCCGAGCUUGCCGAAGACGACAAGAUCUACAACUCGUCCCCUACGUUCUCCCCAGACGGUAAACUCGUCGCCCUGCAUCGCAAAGUCCACUUGUUCGAUAUCGAUAUUCCAGGAGGGAUCACUUUCAAAGAGAGCGAGACGUUGACGGGUGGCGAUCACGUGACAAUCCUCGAGACAGGUGGGCAACGAGUGGAGCUAAAAGAUUGCAUCAAGCUGGUGAGCUGAUCUGUUCCUCGACACAGAGUUCGGCAAGAUUGCUAUUGGUAUCUGUUAUGAUCUUCGGUUCCCCGAGUUGGCGAUGCAUGCGGCUCGUCAAGGCGAGUCGAAUGGGAGAGGUUCAGUUUCAGGGGUCAACAUCCGCUGAGUGUCUCUGAUCCCAUCGCCUACUUAGGAUGUGUGGCGAUGAUCUACCCCGCCGCAUUCAACUGCACAACAGGCCCUUUGCACUGGGAUCUUCUUCAGCGCGCAAGGUCAGUUACUUAACCCCCAGACAUCGGCAAAACCAAUCCAUGCUGAUCACGGACCUUGUUCCCGCCUGGACCAGAGCUGUCGACAAUCAAUUCUACAUCGUCAUGUGCUCCCCUGCACGAGCGACUGACGGAGAUGGAUACAAGGCAUGGGGUUACUCGGGUGUCACGGAUCCAAUGUAAGUGCUUCCGCUGUUGACGAUUGACGUCUCGCUGACAAUUUUUUCGCUUUGUAGGGGCAAGAUCGUGGCGCAGUUGGAGGAGAAGGAAGGAAUCUUGUUUGCCGACAUUGGUGAGUACUGGGUUCACUGUAUGCUAUCGUGAAGCUUCGUCAUGGCUGACACCUUCGCCUGGUCUUAGAUAUGGACGUCAUCAACAAGGCUCGAGCAGGGAUCCCGGUGAGUUGGCCGUUUGGCCUAGGCCUUGGGCAUGGUAGCAAUUAUGCCUACUGACAUCAAUUUCCGACCAAUUCUUAGGUCACCGUACAACGACGCUUUGACGUGUACUCGGACGUCACAUUGAGGAAGCAAGAUUCUUAG